CAAAGAAAUCCAAAAAAGACAAAUAAAAUCCAAAGACGUCCGAAUUCUCUCUCUUUCUCCCUCAACAAAAGACGCGCUCCGCUUCCCCCCUUCACCUCCUCCCUUCUUCUUCUUCUUCCAUUCUGUCCUCCCGUCUUGUCUUCUUCUUCUUCUCUCUCUCUCUCCUCACAAAAAUACAAAACUACCCUCCACCUUCUCCAACCUCUCUGCAACAAUGUCAAAACCACCACCACCGUCACACUCCUCAUCCCACCCCAUCAACCCAUCAGACUACGCCCACAGCCCCGCCCACUACGCCGUCGUACUCCACGACCACCACACCUUAACCCGCCUCCUCUCCACCCUCCCCAAACUCGCUGACCCCUCCAAAGUCAUCACCGAGUCCGACUCACUCCGCCAAGAGAAAAUCUCCGAUCAGAUCUCCUCCCUCCUCGACCGCCGCGACGACGUUCCAUUCCGGGAUACUCCCCUCCACCUCGCUGUCCGCUUAAACGACGCCGUCUCCGCUCAACUCCUCGCUUCCGCCGGGGCCGACGUGUCACUGCAGAACUCCUCAGGGUGGAACCCGCUUCAAGACGCUGUGUGUCGUCGGAAAGUUGAAAUUUCUCGAAUCCUUGUCCAACACCACCACCUCUCCGCUUGGUCUAAGUGGCGCCGCCGCCUUCCUAGACUUCUUGCUGUAUUGAGAAGGAUGAGAGAUUUUUAUCUUGAGAUUCAAUUCCAUUUUGAAUCCUCUUUUGUUCCCUUCAUUGGCAAACUUGCUCCCUCUGAUACUUACCGAAUAUGGAAGCGCGACGGAAAUCUACGCGCCGACACAACACUGGCGGGAUUCGACGGAAUGAAAAUCCAACGAGCUGAUCAAAGCUUCCUAUUCCUCGGCGAUGGUGACGCCGAGAAAGAAAUUCCAGAAGGUUCUCUGAUUGUUCUCAACCGCGACGACGGAAAAAUCUUCGACGCUUUUGAGAAUGCCGGAUCACCAAUGGCGGAUGAAGACGUGGCGGCGUUCUGCUCUCAAACGAGCGUGUACCGCCCAGGGAUGGAUGUUACCAAGGCGGAGCUAAUUCCGCGUACAAAUUGGCGACGGCAGGAUAAAAUUGAAAGCGUUGGAGAAUGGAAGGCGAAAGUUUACGACGUUCAGAAUGUAGUGUUUAGUUUUAGGUCAAGGAGGGUGAGUUCAAGAGAUGAACAAGUGCUUCCAUUAGAGCUUGAUGAAGAGGACGAUUUUUUAGUGGCGGAGAAUUUCGAGUUUAAUUACGAAGAUAAACGGCGGCAUAGUAGUUUUGUUAAGGAGGAGAGAGAGUGGGUGUCGGUAGGGAGGAAGAGUGUUGAUAUAAAUUUUGCGCCGUCGUCGAAGGUAGCGGAUAGGCGGCGAGCUUCGACAGUGAAUGAGACAGCAAGGUUACCUAUGGCGGAGACCGUUGAUAGACGGCGAGGUUCAACAGUGAAUGAGACAGCGAGAAUACCAGUACCGGAGAGGCGGCGAGGUUCGACAGUGAACGAGUCAGCUAAGAUACCGGUGGUGGAGAGGCGGCGAGAGGCGGCGAGGAUUCCGGUGGUGUCUGCGUCUGCGGCGGAGGUUAAGACAAAGGAGAAAGAGUAUGUUAAGAGUUUGCGGCCAACGGUGUGGUUAACGGAUGAUUUUCCGUUAAAAACAGAGGAGGUUUUGCCGUUACUUGACAUUUUAGCUAAUAAAGUCAAGGCCGUGAGAAGGUUGCGGGAGUUGCUCACCACCAAGUUUCCACCGGGGUCUUUUCCUGUUAAGGUUUUCCAGUAAAGACGAAGGGCAGCUGGGGUAUUUAUGCUGUUCAUAGUACCUGAUUUUUAACUUUGUUCUAUUUUUGCUUUGGUCACUUAGAUAUUUUGAUUUACUUGUAAUUUGGAAAUGUGGGGGUACCAAAAUUCUACCUGGUGCUUUUACUAAAGAAAAAGGAUAUGUUUGGCAUCUCACUUAAUUUUGGUAUAAAAUUCUACCUUAUUUUAUAAAACCUUUGUUCGUUUGUUAUUGCUAGAUUUGCCUGCUCGGUGAAUAUAACCGGUUGUACAACAGAAAUAAUCAACAUGCGUGCGUGGAUAUCUUUUAUACUCGGUAAUUGGGAAAUAUGGAGAGUAAUUUGUGUGCAUUUUACACAAAUCCUUUCUGAUUUUUGACCUUGUUCUUUUUGUGCUAGUCUUGGUUUGCUUUAUCUAUGAAUAUAGUAGUAAUAUUAAUUUAUUGAUAAUUGGGAAAUGUGGGUUAGUUUGGGACUUUUUAGGGUAAAAUUGAAGUUUGGAACUUUUUACAAUGUUUAGAUUGUUGAGAUUUGGGGGAAUGAUUUGGCUUUGAUGGUGGGGUUAAUGGAUGAAUUGAUAUGGAAGGAUCAAAACAAAACUUUGUUUAGGCUUUAUGUAAUCCAAAUGGGUCCACAUGAUCCAAUGUUUUCGUCUUGGAAAUGUGACCGUUUGAUUUUGAAAUUCUACUUACAACUACUACUCCUUAUAAAAUCAAAGUUGUAAAGUAUAAUUAAGGAAUUUAUUUUGUAGGACCAUUGAUAGUAUUUUUUAAUGUCGGGUUUAGGACCCCUAAACAUGUGGGUCACCCUUAAGCAUGUGGGGCCCAUUUGUUAAUUGUACUUGCUGUGUGUUCUGAAUUUCUGAUUAUUGAGAUGGAGUGGAGGAAACUUUACCUAUAGCAGUCCACCAAAAUUAAGGAAUGAUGUAGGCAUGUGACAUUCUAUAUGCUUGUACUAAUUAUUUGGACAACCCUAUGCAGAAAUAUGUCCUUUUUAGAGAUUGGUUUUCCAGGUUGGUGUAUUGGGGGCAUGACUUGUGAGUUGUGAGAGUAGAUGUCUUGAACUUCAAGCUGGAUCUAGGGAUUAAGUAAGAUAAACUUCAAUGAUUUGUGUGACACUUUUGAGAUAUAAAGCAGUAAUCCAUAAACAUGUUACUCGGACUCUUAAUUUCACACCAACGUAACUUGAAAACUUUUAUUGGAAGCCGAACCUGUAUGUUUAGUACUUCUUAAAUAUGUUACUCGAACUCUUCAUUUCACACCAUAACAUGAAAACUUGCAAACAUCUAUUGGAAUCCAAAUGUGUAUGUUUGAUACUCCUUAAAUAUGUUACUCGGACUCUUCAUUUCACACCGUAACAUGAAAACUUGCAAACAUUUAUUCGAAGCCAAACCUGUUUGUUUAGUGAUUAAGGACUAGAGUUUUAUGUGUGUGUGUGUGUGUGUGUGUAUGUUUGCGUGGUUUAUUGUUCCCUGUGUUGAUCAAGUCACCCCGUCUCGGGUUUGGGCAGUGAAGUGCCAUUUUUGGGAGUGUGGAUUGUGUGGAGUACUGCCUAAUUGCCCUUUCCUCAAUGCAUUUUGCAUGCUAAUUUAGCCUUAAACCUAUGUUAGUUGGCUGAACACUCUUGUCAGACACGAGUACAUGCCCAAGUGACCAACUAUGUUAUUUUGUGAAAAUCUUCCUUGAUUUUGGCCUAAAAUCAAGUGUCAAAAACUCGAAGUGUCCAUACCAUGUCCGAGUGUCUAGGGUCCCACACUGAUACUUAAUGUGAAAUGAAGAGUCAGAACCCAGCAAAAUAUAGGGUUGUUCAUGUUGAGGAGUCAGUUUUAGCUGGUUGUGUAUGUGUAGAUGCUCUCUAACUGCAUUUUGCUGUCAUUAUGCAAUAAGCAAGUUAUUUUGAAAAGGAUGGGAGUUUUUUUAGGGUAAUUUACCUAAUCUCUCUUUUACUUGAUUUAAGUUGAAAGACUCAGAACUUUUGUAGUUGAGGUAUCACGGAUAUAAUGAACAUUGAUGUUUAUGAACUCCUUUUGGUUUGUUUCUUGGUGGUACCAAUCUCAACAACCCAGAUAAUGCAUCUUUUGCUGUAUAUACCUAUAUCUAGUGGUCCUCUUCCUCUAUUGUUCUGCCAUCUAGACUAGAGCUGGCAAACGUGUCGAGUUGUGUUCGUGUUCGUGUCGAAUAUAAACGGGUUGGAAAACCUCAACACUAACCGACCCAAUUAAUAAACGUGUCGUGUCACGUUGACCUGUUUAACUAAUCGUGUCGGAAACUCUAGACACUAACCCGAUUUUAUCGUGUCCGGUUCGUGUCGUGUUGUCAUGUUUGUUCGAUAAAAUUGGCUCCAUUAUAAGGUUUAUAACCCAAUACAUUAAAUUAUUGGCUAUUUUUCUCUUAAAUGGUUUAAGUUGUGUCAGUUUCGUGUUGAGAAUCUCAACACUAACCCAACCCAUUCAAUUAAACGUGUCGUAUCGUGUUGACCCAUUUAAUUAAACGAGUCGUAAACCUCGACACUAACCCAUUUUUUACUUUUUUUUCGUGUCCGGUUCGUGUCUUGUCAGAUUUUGGCAACUCUAAUCUAGAGUUCUAGACUACUCCUUAUUACUUAGUCGUAAACCUUGACACUAACCCGUUUUUUUACUGU